CUGUCUUUCGCAUUCUCACCCUCUCAUCUUGUGGUUUAGCAUUAAUGACACGUUCACGUUAUCGAUAGCCCUCCCUGAGUCCAGAGAAUUAAAGAAAAAGGAAAAAAAAGGCCGCAGAGGCGCCAUUUCCAACUCCGUUUCGCGCCUCUGCCUCCAUCACCUUCGACGCGCAGGUUCUCGCAAUGGCCGAAACCACCCUCCACAAUGUCCCUAUUGUCAUAGACAAUGGCAGCGGUACGAUUCGAGCCGGGUUCGCAGGAGAAGAAAUUCCAUCAUGUUACUUUCCAUCGUUUGUCGGGAGACCGAAACACCCCCGGGUCAUGGCGGGCGGUCUGGAAGGGGAUGUGUUCAUCGGACAACGAGCGCAGGAGUUACGGGGGUUACUCAAGAUUCGUUAUCCACUGGAACAUGGGAUAGUGACGGAUUGGGAUGAUAUGGAGAAGAUAUGGCACUACGUGUACGAGAACGAGCUCAAGACGCUCCCCGAGGAGCAUCCCGUGCUGCUCACGGAGCCGCCACUCAAUCCACGCAAGAACAGGGAUAUCGCGGCCCAGAUCAUGUUUGAGACGUUUAAUGUGCCCGCGCUGUACCUGUCCAUUCAGGCUAUACUGUCGCUGUACGCGUCUGGGCGGACGACUGGUGUCGUGUUGGAUUCAGGGGAUGGGGUCUCGCAUGCCGUGCCGGUGUUUGAGGGAUUCGCCAUACCGAAUAGCAUACGGAGGAUUGACGUCGCCGGUCGGGAUGUUACUGAACAGCUACAGUUGCUGCUACGAAAGAACGGGACAGUCAUGCAUACCAGUGCGGAAAAGGAGGUUGUACGGAUGAUCAAGGAGAAGGCCUGUUACGUCUCGCUGGAUCCCAAGCGGGAAGAGAAAGAUUGGAUGACUACUUAUCGAAAAACGGAGAAUAAUGCUGUGGACUAUUUCUUGCCCGACGGGCAUAAGAUCAAGGUAAGUGAAGUGUCUUCUCUCCUCGAUCUUCAGCGGUCUCUAUCCAAGUCGAGGAGACGAGGCCAAACAUAUACUCUUCCAACUCACUAAACCACUGUCGCAGAUCGGACAGGAACGUUACAAAGCCCCCGAAGUUCUUUUCAACCCCGAUCUCAUCGGUCUCGAAUACCCCGGCGUCCACCAGAUCGUGCAGGAUGCCAUUGUCCGAACGGAUCUAGAUUUGCGCAAGUCGCUAUAUUCGAACAUCGUUCUCUCGGGAGGCUCAACACUGUGCAAGAACUUCCCCGAUCGACUCGUACGUGAAAUCAAGAAACUGGCCUUUGAAGAGAUGAAGGUCCGAAUCUCAGCGCCCGCGGAGCGGAAGUAUACCACAUGGAUCGGAGGAGGUAUUCUUGCGGGGUUGAGUACAUUUAGGAAGAUGUGGGUUAGCAUGGAGGAAUGGCAUGAAGACCCAGAGGUCAUUCAUAGAAAGUGUCCUUAGACUAGACUUAUGAUAUAACAGGCGGUUUUUUCAUUUCUGAAAGAACGAAAGAAGAAAGAAGACUCCAACAAAGAAACAACCUUCCUGAUUGAUACCAACUUCCUCUUGAUGGAUGGAGGUUCAACUUUCCACUUGGGUCAGCAUGGCGAGAGAUGAAAGAAAGGUCAAAAAGGCCAACCAAAUUCUCAAAAUGGGCAUCCAUCAGCUGAAAACAACAGACAGAAGAAUCAACCAACUUUGAUACCCCCCAACACACCAACUCCUUGAAUCUUGCAUGUAUCUUCUGAGGAUAAUUUAUAUUUGCUCGUAUUAGCAACACUUGUAUUAGCAAUAAGACUAUUAAUUGCAAGCUUGCAUAGAAUUGUAUCACUGAGGGUAUAGUUCUAGAUUGUGUCCUUUCUAGGAUCUUCUGUCUUUGGGAAUCCAGAAUGUCUUGUCUUCUGCCUGUCAAUGAACAUACUG